AUGAUGACCAUAAGCUACGAGCAUGAAAUUAAAACAAUCGAAGAUCUUGCCGAUUCUGAUCUGUACGUUGAAUACGUAAAUCAUCCCCUGUAUAUGAUUGAUGAACAAGAACUUACCAGACACCAUUUGUCAUUUCCAAGUAUGUAUUGCUUAAUUGAAAUUCCUGGUGUGGUUGUUGGAUGGGGACAUACCACAAGCACUGAUAAUCCAUCUGAAGUACUCAAAGAGUUACAACUUACAUUCAGGACUCGAGAGACAUGUGUUUUAGAUGAUGAUUUUAAGAAAUAUUAUAUUUAUGCAAGGGAUAAAAUAUGUGCUGCUGCUAGAAUGGGUGAUAGUGCCUGUCAAGGUGACAGUGGUGGAGGAUUGUUCUUCAAGAAAGGAGGGCGUUAUUUUGUAAGGGGUAUUGUGAGCAUUGGAGCACUUAAAAAACGUGAUAACGGAUGCGAUGCAAAUCAAUCUACACUCUUCACAGGAGUUCAUUAUCAUGCACCUUUUAUUCAGAGCUAUAUAAACGAAGCACGAUUUAAGAAUAAAAUAAGAAUCGUAGGAGGUGCAGUAAACAUUUGUUUUUUCAAAGCCUACCAAUUCAGUGUUUUAUAA